UGUAUGGGUGUAGAGGGAUGAAGAAUGUGUAUACACCAGGCAGGAACAUCAGGAAAAGGGUACCAGCCUUGUUGAGUUAGCACUUUGGGGCUCUCUCAUCUUGAUGUGCACUUCCUUAGCCCUGUUCUAAAAUGCAGAUCAGCUUAUGACUGUGUUGAGUUAGCUUACAGCCCCCUUACCUCUGUCCUCCUCUAACAGACCUUGGAGCUGACUUUCCUGCCAUUGAGGGAUAGACGAUAGCAGGUGUAGUGGUGCACAUAAGAGUCAGGCUCAGCCUGGUCUACCAAGGACAGCCAGAGCUCGGCAGAGAAACCCUGACUCAAAAACAAAAGUGGGAGAGAUUAGGAGACAGGAAACUGCCUUGAGAAUGGACACACAAUGAAGUAUCUCCUGAGGGGAUGGUUGAGAAACUUAGUAGUCCCUGGGCAUCCAGUAGGUCCCUAUCUUCUACAUGGGAAGGCUGCAGAGUAUACAGUGGCAUGAUAUAUUUCCUUCCGGGAAAUACAUUUGAACGACUUCGAGCAUAACACAGGAUUUAUUUAACCAGCACUGUGACAGGACCCCUCUAGAGUCCUUCCUGUCUCUGUUCUCCAGGGUUGGUUGUGGGGGCACCCCUCUGUGGAACCUUAUAUUGUCCCUUCUGAUUGGCUGGGCAUGAGACAAUGGGAGCUCCACUUGGGGGGAGGGAGCUCACUUUUGCCAACCCAUAAGGGAGGUGGUGGCCAGGUUUCUAGGUGCUGGGGAGGGACUGGAGGGUGGAGGGACCCUUGGUUCCUGAUGGGCACCUUAUCAGCAAGUGCCAGACAGGAACAGGCCUUGCGUGAGCCUUGUUAUCAGCCCGAGAGUCCACAGGACACUUGGGUUAAUGUGUAACCGCAGGGCUUCCCCUCUGCCCUCUGAAGCCACUGGUUCCUAAAGAGAAGUCACUCAACAUGGAAGCUAGAAAAGAGGGACUGUCCCUGGAGACACUCUUUUCAGACCAAGUGAGAAUCUGUAUGGUGGGGAUGGGGUCAGGUCUGGGAACAUGGGCAGCCCUGGGGCCUGUGAUUAUCUAUGCUUGGUGAGUUGGUGGGGAUCCCCUGUCUUUCCAGGAGGCUGGGUUUUAAGGUAUCAUGGUUUUGUCCUGCAAGAGACAUGAAUGUAAAGGUUAUCAAGGUGGCUAAAGAUUCUAGUCCUGAAAGUUCAGCCUGGACAUACUUAGGACCUGGCUUGAAGGUGGUGUGGGGACAGGUGUUUAAAUAGGUUCUCACUGUGUAUCCUAGACCAGUUUUGAAUUCAACAGCCUCCUGUUUCUACCUCCUAAGUACUGGAAUUAGACAUUUCCUACCAUGCCUUGCUGUGACCCCUACCCCUGGAUUGGGCUGAGUGUUGGUAGGCUGAGCAGCUUCCCUCUCCUGAAGCACCCACAGGUCCGCAGGUGGCUGGCCCCCUUCAUCGUUGCCUGCUCCCUCUACUUCCUCCUCUGGAUUCCUGAGGACCAGCCAUCUUGGGUCAGUGCCCUGGUCAAGUGCCAGCCCAUUCUCUGCCUGGUUUUGUUCCUGUGGGCUGUGGCUCCUGGUGGGAGCUACACAUGGCUCCUGCAGGGAGCUCUUACAUGUUCUGCUGUUGGAGAUGCCUGCCUCAUCUGGCCUGAAACUUUCUUUUAUGGCAUGGCAGUCUUCUCUGUUGCCCACUUACUCUACCUCUGGGCUUUUGGCCUGUCUCCACUGCAGCCUGGAUUGCUGCUGUGCACCACCUUGGCCUCUCUGACAUACUACGGCUUCCUCCUGCUACACCUUGAGCCGAACAUGGUUUUGCCAGUGGCAGCCUAUGGGCUGAUCUUGAACACCAUGCUGUGGCGUGGCCUUGUCUUGGGUAGGAGUGCUGGCUGGGGUGCCGUGCUCUUUAUGUUCUCAGAUGGUGUGCUGGCCUGGGACACUUUUGUCUACACUUUACCUUUUGCCCGCCUAGUGACCAUGAGCACCUACUAUGCAGCCCAGCUCCUCCUCACCCUGUCAGCCCUCAGGAACCCAGGGCUCAAAACCCACUAAUGCAGGACCCAGACAGCCUGGUAUUCCCUCCCAUAAGAACCUUGGCUUUCCACACUGGCCCAGCCUGGCAAGUGAAUGCUUCCGAUCAUAUGUGAACAGAUAUGUGGCCGACCCUCUUAAACAUCUGCCUGCAUACUGUUGUCAGGAUUUCAAAUCUACCACUGAUUUCGAGCUGCCUUCCCUGGCUUCUGACUUUGGAUUCCAGGACGCCCAACCCAAGCCAUAUUCUGUUUUCCCCUCCCCAUGCCCACUUCCUUUUCCCAGUCAGUUUUUCCUAUCCACCUGCCCCUUCACACUGCUCCCAGGUCUGGUUCUGGCUGUCUAAGUAAAACCAAUGUUGGAA